GCUUGUCAAAAGGCGGCUGCCGAGCCGUGGGCGCCGGGAGCGCGGAACAGCUUGUCCACCCGCCAGCGGGACCAGAAGGCUUUGGGACUGAAGUGUCUGUGAGACCUCAUAGAAGAGCAUCUGGGGGCUCCACUUACCUGCCCCUGCUCCUUCAGGGAUGGAGGCAAUGGCGGCUAGCACUUCCCUGCCUGACCCUGGAGACUUUGACCGGAAUGUGCCCCGCAUCUGUGGAGUGUGUGGAGACCGAGCCACGGGCUUUCACUUCAAUGCUAUGACCUGUGAAGGCUGCAAAGGCUUCUUCAGGCGAAGCAUGAAGCGGAAGGCACUGUUCACCUGCCCCUUCAACGGGGACUGCCGCAUCACCAAGGACAACCGGCGCCACUGCCAGGCCUGCCGGCUCAAACGCUGUGUGGACAUCGGCAUGAUGAAGGAGUUUAUCCUGACAGAUGAGGAGGUGCAGAGGAAGCGGGAGAUGAUCCUGAAGCGGAAGGAGGAGGAGGCCUUGAAGGACAGUCUGCGGCCCAAGCUGUCCGAGGAGCAGCAGCACAUCAUCGCCGUCCUGCUGGAUGCCCACCAUAAGACCUAUGACCCCACCUACUCUGACUUCUGCCAGUUUCGGCCUCCGAUUCGUGUGAAUGAUGGUGUAGGGAGCUAUCCUUCCAGGACCAACUCGAGACAGACUCCUAGCUUCUCCGGGGACUCCUCCUCCUGCUGCUCAGAUCACUGUAUCACCUCUCCAGACAUGGAAUCAUCCAGCUUCUCCAACCUGGAUCUGAGUGAAGAAGAUUCAGAUGAUGGUUCUGUGACCCUGGACCUGUCCCAGCUCUCCAUGCUGCCCCAUCUGGCUGACCUGGUCAGUUACAGCAUCCAAAAGGUCAUUGGCUUUGCUAAGAUGAUCCCAGGAUUCAGAGACCUCACCUCUGAGGACCAGAUCGUGCUGCUGAAGUCAAGCGCCAUUGAGGUCAUCAUGCUGCGCUCCAAUGAGUCCUUCACCACAGACGACAUGUCCUGGACCUGCGGCAAACAAGACUACAAGUACCGCGUCAGUGACGUGACCAAAGCAGGAUACAACCUGGAGCUGAUUGAGCCCCUCCUCAAGUUCCAGGUAGGACUGAAGAAGUUGAACUUGCAUGAGGAGGAGCACGUCCUGCUCAUGGCCAUCUGCAUCGUUUCCCCAGAUCGUCCCGGGGUGCAGGAUGCUGCCCUAAUUGAGGCCAUCCAGGACCGCCUGUCCAACACGCUACAGACCUAUAUCCGCUGCCGCCACCCGCCCCCAGGCAGCCACCUGCUCUAUGCCAAGAUGAUCCAGAAGCUGGCCGACCUGCGCAGCCUCAACGAGGAGCACUCCAAGCAGUACCGCUGUCUCUCCUUCCAGCCCGAGUGCAGCAUGAAGCUCACGCCCCUUGUGCUGGAGGUGUUCGGCAGCGAGAUCUCCUGACUAGGGCAGCGGCAGUGCUGCCUGGGUGGGGCCACUCCUCCAGGGCCACGUGCUGGGCCCGGGACUGGCAACUCCUCAGCAGCCCUCCUCACCCCGUCUGGGGUUCAGCCGCACCUCGGGCACCGCCCCUGUCCACCCGGCCCAUUCUCUCUCCUGUCCAACCCAACCCCUUUCCUGCAGGCCUUUCGCUGGUCCCUUGAGACCUCAGCCAUGAGCAGUUGUUGUCUAUUUGACAAAGAAACUCAAGUAGGGGCAGAGGACAGAGGCUGGAAGCAGGGCCUUGCCCAGAGACGCCCUCACCCCUGCGUGAGUGGCUGCUGACUGGUGUCGAGGGAACAGGCAGGAGAAAUGCAUCCAUUCCUCAGGGACACAGACACCUUCCCCUACUCCAGGCCCUGGCCUCCAGAGCCUAGUGGGAUCUCCCUCUCCUGCCUACUCAUGAUAAAUAAUCGACCCACAGCUCCCACCCACCCUAGCCUUCAGUGCCCACUGUCGUCCCAUUGCCCUGGUUAUACUCUCAUGGGCAGUAGCUGUGGUGAGGUGGGCUUUCUUCCCAUUACUGGAGCCCCAGGCACAAACCCACCAGCUGAGAGAACCAAGGAGGAAAAACAGACAAAAGCAGCCUCACAGGAGAAUAGUGAUGGUGGCCACCACUGUCCCUGUCACUGAGCCACGGUUCCGUGGCCUGGAUCUCAGGGGUUGGCUGACGUGGGGGUCCUCCUUCCACGGAUCCACGUAGCCGGACUGAAUUGUCCCAGCUUGCAGAGAAGCACCUGCCAUCCUCGUCCUCCCCCUGCCAGUGCCUUACCUCCCACCAGGAGGGCCAACCCUCCCCUCCUCCUUGGCUGUUCCCCCCACCCCCUCCCCAUUCCCAGUCCGGAGAAGCAGUGAGCCGCAUCUUCUCCACCUGGCAGAGUGGGAAGGAAGAGAAGAGCUGUCAGACCCCAGUGGGUGAAUCAUGCUCUCCGCCUGGAUGUGGUUCCAAGGCCACUGGCAGCCCCCAGGACCAGGAGCUAGUGCUCCCACACCCCAGGCUAUGAGAAAGGAGAGCGGGGCAGCCUCUGGUGGCUAGUCACAGAAAGCGUUUGGGGGUUCCGUGAUGUAGGGCAGGGUCCCUUCAUAGUCUCGCUCCAUGGUUGCGGUGAGCCGAGAUCGCGCCAUUGCACUCCAGCCUGGGUAACAAGAG